AUGGACGAAUUCAAGAAGUACCUGGCGGAUCAAAUCCUCAGUGAGGAGAAGAUUAAUGGCAUGCGUCCUGGCACAGUCCACGCCACCUAUCUUAUUUAUGGUAUCCAGAAGGCGGUGAAGGUUCAAGAAGAUGGAGACGUCGAGAUGACCAGCUCUCCUCCUGAUGCUGAGCCUUUGUCUGACGAGGUCGUCACCCGCUCCCUGACCUUGGUCCCUGGUGAUCGCCUGAAGGAAGUGCUGGCCACAUACGAAGAGUUGUCGUCUUUCCAUAUCUAUAGCCUGGCUAGGCAUCCCACAACAGAGUUGCAAAUGCUGGCAGAUGUCUCGCAGCAAAUCAAGGAGCAGUCAACUGACGAUAGCUCAUCCAUGGCCGAGACAUAUGGUACCAUCACCAACCCCAAUGUUCGGAAACGCGAUCGCCAAGGACGCCCAGUGCCUACUCCCGCGGCUGCGGCGCCAGCGGCCAAGCCUGUCAAGAAGGAGCUCGCACCAUCUGCAGCCAGGGCCGCACCCUCUGAGCCCAAGGCAGGAGAGCUGGCCAAGGAAGAGGCAAAGGCGUCCGUCAAGGAGGCCCCGUCAUCAACCGCAGCUGCAAAGAAGGAUGCGGCACCGCCAGCAUUGAAAAAAAGCGCUUCUUCGGGCAUCAUGUCGUCAUUUGCCAAGGCUGCGGCGAAGGCUUCAAGCAAGCCGAAGGAGGCCCCGAAACCAGAAAGCCCGGCUGCACUGUCUGACGAUGGCGAAGACGACGAUGAAGACAUUCCAGCUGCCAAAUCUUCCGCGAACCCUGGCCGAAAGUCACGACAGGACCGUGAGGCCGAACUGAAGCGGAUGAUGGAGGAGAGCGAGGAAGAGGAAGAGCCUGAAGAAAAGGAGGAGCCUGCGGACGAGCCGAUGGAGGAGGCUCCAGAACCAGAACUGAAGCCCGAGCCCGAACCUGCGGAAGUCGUCUCUAGCACCAGCGAUGGCCGCCGACGUGGCAAGCGGAGAAUUAUGAAGAAGAAGCAGAUUAUGGAUGACCAGGGCUACUUGGUGACCAUCCAAGAACCUGCUUGGGAAGAGUUUUCCGAAGACGAGGCUCCUCCGCCGUCAUCUAAGGCUAAGCCUUCAUCUGCGCCUAGUUCAGGAAGCCAGGCUUCAAAGGGGAAGAAGGCGGCGCCGAAGGGACAGGGCAAUAUCAUGUCCUUCUUUUCAAAGAAGUAA